CUGCUGUUUGUUUCCUCAGGACUCUGAUAUGGGGGAUGAGGGCGUGCUGCUGUUUGUUUCCUCAGGACUCUGAUAUGGGGGAUGAGGGCAUGCUGCUGUUUGUUUCCUCAGGACUCUGAUAUGGGGGAUGAGGGCGUGCUGCUAUUUGAGCCACACGUCCGGCCGGUGGCCUGCAUGGCGUUCUCCAGGUCACAUCCUACAGACCUGUUGACCCUCAGCUACGACGGGACGCUACGGAGCACAGACGUGGAGAAAGCCGUUUUUGAUGAGGUGUAUCGGAUCAAGGAUGGCUUGAGAACCUUUGACUUCCUUUCACAUGACUGUUCGACGCUGGUCACCGGGGACUGGUACGGAGACGUUGCCAUUGUUGACAGGCGGACUCCAGGAACCUCUCAUGAGUCCCUCCAUAGCCUGGAUACCAAGACGGUUCGCUGUGUUCACGUCCACCCUGUUCAGAAGCAGUACAUCAUGGUGGCUGAGAACAGUAUUGUGAACAUUUACGAUGCUCGCUGUUUGAAGGCGUCGUGGAGCGAGCCAGUCUCCCAGCUCUAUGGUCACUCAAAGAGCAUCUCAAGUGCCUACUUCUCUCCUGGCACUGGCAACAGAGUAGUGACCACCUGCCUAGACAACAACAUCAGGAUUUACGACACCUCGGAACUGACCUCCAGAGCUCCGUUUACUCAACCCAACGGAGAGCCUAAAGCAGAGAAACAAGAGACUGAGUGUUUGGGACACGCUGGCUAA